GCAGAGCAACCGCGCUCAACAUCGCUGUCCUAGACAUCUGCUAACCAUGCCUGAUCCAGCCAAGCCUGCGCCCAAGAAGGGCUCAAAGAAAGCCGUGAGCAAGACCGCCGGAAAGGGUGGCAAGAAGCGCAAGAGGACCAGGAAGGAGAGCUAUGCCAUCUACGUGUACAAAGUCCUGAAGCAGGUCCACCCCGAUACUGGGAUCUCUUCUAAGGCCAUGAGCAUCAUGAACUCCUUCGUCAACGAUAUCUUCGAGCGCAUCGCUGGUGAGGCUUCCCGCCUGGCACAUUACAACAAGCGCCAUACCAUCUCCUCCAGGGAGAUUCAGACCGCAGUGCGUCUUUUGCUGCCCGGUGAGCUCGCCAAGCACGCCGUGUCUGAGGGAACCAAGGCCGUCACCAAGUACACCAGCUCCAAGUAAAGAGUUCUACUACCUUUUCCCCAACCAAAGGCUCUUUUAAGAGCCACCCAAAAUCUCAUCGAAAAGCUAUUCCAUAUCCUGUGAAUGUCCAACAGAAUGACUUUUAUGUGAUGAAAUGAAGUCUUCCACUCACACGCUCACAACCAAAACCACCAAUCCAUAAGAUGGCAGACUAAAUGUAGGCUACUGUAUAAUUCGCCAGGUCUAUAUUCAGGAUUACGCGCAGUAAGAUAUUGCAGUCUUUCCCAGUUUAAUUUUGAUAUUGGGCCUCGCAUUAGUCAGUACAACCUAAAACCUGGUUGAACGUGUAGGCCAAUUAAAGCACGUGUGUAUUAAGUGUUUAAGUUACUAUGUGAAAUCCGCACAACUUCUCAAGUUUAAGUUGACCAAAGUCAAGCAGCCCGGACUCCUAACUUUUUUUUGUACGCCCUGCUUUACUUUUUGCAGUGUGCUGUAUUGGAUCAUGUUGAUGCGUGUAAUGUGAAGUUGCGAACAACAGUGUAGGCCUACUAUAAUUGGCCUACAAAUUAGAUCACAUUUAAGAUUGGGGAAUGUAUUCUGAAAAGUACGACAAGGAUGUAUUGGUUAACAAUAAUAACAAAUAUCGACUGCUCGGCCAGCGUGCGCUCUCGCUGUAGACUCACACGUUG